CGGGCAGCGCCGGGGGCUGCUGCUGCCGCCGCCGCUGCUGCUACCACCGCCGCCGCCACUGCCGCGAGCGGGGAACCGCGAUGGCCCAGUGGCCCGCGCCGCCGCCGCCGCCGCCCACUGCCUCUUCUAAGGGGCCCCCGGCGCGCAAGCUGCUCUUCAUGUGCACCCUGUCUCUGUCCGUCACCUACCUGUGCUAUAGCCUCAUGAGCUGCUACAGUUCUCUGCAGUUCCCGCUGGCGCUGCAGGAGCCGCCCGGCGCCGGGGAGCCCUCGGGCGGCCCCCCUCCCAGCCCACCGCUGCUGCCCUCUCUUCUGCCUCCCCGUGUCCAGCUCGGCCCCUCGCGCCCGCCGCCGCCGCCGCCGCCGCCGUCGUCCCUGGGAGCGCUGGCCAACGCGAGCCGGAGGGAGCCACCAGACUCCCCCCAGGUUCCCGGAGACAACUGGGGACUGGGGAGCAGCGGCGGAGAGGGGGCAGCCAACCGGGACUCCUGGAUCCGGACCCCCCUGGCCCCCACCGAGAUGAUCACGGUGCAGAGCGGGCUCUUCGAGAGGGACCCCCAUGAGUCCAGCACCACGGACGAGGAGCUGACUGGCCGGAGGGGGGGCAAUAGUACCAGUGGAGGAGGAGGGGAAAAGGGGGGCGCUGGUCCUGGCACCACUACCCCGGACUACGGGGAGAAGAAGCUCCCGCAGGCGCUGAUCAUCGGGGUGAAGAAAGGAGGGACCCGGGCUCUGCUGGAGGCGAUCCGAGUGCACCCAGACGUGCGGGCAGUGGGCGUGGAGCCGCACUUCUUCGACAGGAACUACGAGAAAGGGCUGGAGUGGUACAGAAAUGUAAUGCCUAAGACACUGGAGGGACAGAUAACAAUGGAGAAAACUCCAAGUUACUUUGUAACCAAUGAAGCUCCCAAACGCAUCCACUCCAUGGCUAAGGAUACCAAGCUGAUUGUGGUUGUGAGGAACCCUGUGACUCGGGCAAUCUCUGAUUACACACAGACCCUGUCCAAGAAACCAGAGAUCCCGACCUUUGAAGUGCUAGCCUUCAAAAACCGGACCCUGGGGCUGAUUGAUGCCUCCUGGAGUGCUAUCCGCAUUGGGAUCUAUGCUCUGCAUCUAGAAAAUUGGCUUCAGUAUUUUCCCCUGUCUCAGAUCCUGUUUGUCAGCGGUGAGAGGCUGAUCGUGGACCCUGCUGGGGAGAUGGCCAAAGUGCAGGAUUUCCUGGGCCUCAAACGGGUGGUGACUGAGAAACAUUUCUACUUCAACAAAACCAAGGGGUUCCCUUGUUUGAAGAAGCCAGAGGACAGCAGUGCCCCAAGGUGCUUGGGCAAAAGCAAGGGGCGGACUCACCCCAGGAUUGAUCCAGAUGUAAUCCACAGACUGCGGAAAUUUUACAGACCCUUCAAUGUUAUGUUUUACCAAAUGACAGGUCAAGAUUUCCAGUGGGAACAGGAGGAAAGUGACAAAUGAGACCAGAAAUCCUGGGGAAAGCAAUCUGAUAGUUUGAAGUGAAUCACUGUCUAAGAUGUGAACCUCCCCAGAAGGCUUAUGGCCAUAGCUGGGAGCCAGGCAGCUCUCAACCCAUUGGUCAGGUUGCAGGUUCCUGCUCCUGCAGAGUUGAAACCUUAAUGUCCGAGGUGUUAGGAGGUCUUCUUUUUGGGUCUCUUCUCCCUUCACUUCUCCCUCACAUAGGGUAUGUCCAUUAUCCAAAGUCAGAAGAGCUUGGGGAAGGAGUAACUGGGAGUUGGCUUUCAGCACAGCCUCCAAAGGCAAACAGUGCCUGCUUUUUGCAGCUGGCACAUGGUGAACCUGACUCUGGCCAAGACCUAGCACUUUGGUCUUAGCUAGAAAAUGUCACUGGCCAGUACAGCAUGAAGGUAGUCAUGAAGAUACCCCACCCCCUCCUCACCAGACAUACCCACAUCUUUAGCAAAAAUCAUGGUUAAGCAGGGGAGGAAUUUAGUUUGAAGUAUCUCACCCUCCCACCUGCUAGGGUGUCUGAUUCACCCUGUGGUCCACAACUCCUUAGCCUUCAGAUGACCUCAUUUCCUUAUUCCUUGCACAGGCAUAUUGAGUCCCUCCUACUAGGAGUCCCUAGAGGCUCCAAGUAGCCAUUUAUGGGGUGGGCUGGAGAGGGAUCAUACAUAUCUUUGCAAAAACCAAGCAGCCCUGGGGAACUCUUUCCCUGAGGCUGGGGAGGUGAGUCCAGCAUGCCAGAGAUCUUCAGUUUCCUACUGGAAAUCUUCUAAGGUAUCCCCUUCAUCCUUGAUGUUGGGCCAAAAGGGAUGUUUUCCUCUCUUAGAUAGGCUGCUCCUCAGGGCUGCCUCCUCCCCACCUUUGCAGAGAGUGUGAAUUGCUUCUAGAGAGCUUUUGGGGUGGAGGCCCUCCUCUUCUAGUGGGAUGAGGGAGGAAAGCUUAGCAUGUCCUCUCAUUUUAGAAGCAGGGGCCUUCCCAAGCAAACUUGAUUGUAUUGUUUCACUGGCAAGCAGCAGAGUGGCCUCUUGGUCCUUGCAAGAUUCCUGAAGUGGUUGCAAAACAAAGACUGUCCAACCCUCUUUUGAUUGGGGAUGAGGGGAAAAAAAAGGCCCAUUUCCCCAGGAAGACAAAGUGUUCCGUGCUACUUCUGGAUAGAAUUCUCUGAAACUCUUGUUUAAUUUGUUGCUCAGGGCCAGGCAGUUCUAGCCUGUCACCCACAAGGCAUGCCCCUUUGCCCUCUCCAUCCCCUUUCCCCCAAGGGCCUGGGACAUGGGACAUAUUCAUUCUCUGGAACUGGUGCUGUUCAGUUGGGAACUUACAGGCCUCAAAGCCACUGGAAUUGAGGCAAAUGGCACUGGAUAUCUUGGGGAGGCAGAGAAGCCAGUUACAGCUGGGCCACUCAGGCCAGCUUGCUGCUGCCGCCCACUGAAGGAGGAGGCAAAAGAGCUAACUUCAUUUGUCAGACUCUGAGGGGUGGGCCAGAAACAGGAAUGUGUACAUCAGGUGUGGCUGAAUAAAAUGUCCGUUCCCAUUAGCUUGAUUCAAUUAAAACACAGCGUUUGACACAAAGCACUUUUCCACAGGCCUACAAAACCAGAAAUCGUUCCAGUAAAACUGAAAAGAUGUAGUGGGGAUGAGUUUAAUUUUUCUCAGAUGUUAUUAAAAUGUCAUUUCUCCCACUAAAUGAAAACUGUGUUGUUAUAAAAAUGGAAUGCAACCUGAUUAAUGGGUUCUGAUAGAAUUUCUUUUAGUCUCCCCAGUUUCCAAUAAGCAUGCAUCCACCCUCCAAGCAGGCUGGAGAGUCCCAGCUGCAUUCUCCUUUGGGGCCUGACACCUGCUUUCCCUGAUGGAUCUGGAUAUAGCAGAAGGCAAGGAGGCUCUUGGGAAUGUUUUACAGAGCCAUGCUCAGGGAGAGCAUAGAGUCUGGGGCCAUGGCUUUCUCUGUCCCAGGCAGUUCUGACAAAGAAUGGACUCGUGCCUAAUUCAGUAUAUCCAACUGAAACACAGCCUUAUAAAUGAAAAUUAUUUUUUCAGAAAAGAAAGUUCCUAUUGAGCUGCAGGCAAUAGAAACACCUUUAUUACCAAAAAAGAAGCUAUAGAUAAGAUAUAGGAAAAAUAAUAACAUAUAUGUUGUAUGUGAAUAUUUAAAAGACAAAAAAAAUCCUUAAACAUACCAGGGUCAAGAAGUUUGCAAUAUUAGCUGCUCGUAUGACCCUUAAAAGAAAGAUUAUGUCUCUUCUUUCCUUCUCUUCCCCACUUGCUACCCACUUUCUACUCUUCUGAAAUCAUCCCCUAAUGGAAGAGACCCAAAGUAAGUCAGCUUCUGAAGUUUGGGGUGUGGUUAAGGAGCUAAGAGCAAGCCUACCCUAAAGGCAAAAUUGGGCUUUUAGGAGUCUUUGACACUUUCCCAGAUGGUUAAAUAGGGAACUGAGGGUCCCAUAUGUAAGAGGUAUCAGGGAGCAUCUGUUUAUACAAGACCCAGUUGCCUUUUUCUCUUUUUCUUGGAGGGUCCUCCAAUUGGAAACCUAUAGUCUAAGAGUAUUUGAGUUGGAAGGGCCCUAAGAGGUCAUCCGCUUUUUUCCUGAUAUCCAAGGGAAGAAUAUUCUCUAUAACAUCUUAAACAAGACCCUUUCUUUCUAUGGCCCUCAGCUUUCUCCUUUGUGAAAUAUGAAUUUGGAUUAGAUCAUUUCUAUUUUGAAACCCUUUGAUUCACCCCAGAUUAGUGGUCAGGUCUGCUCAGUACCAUCACUACAUCUUGUCCAGUUCCCUUCUGCCUACCUUUCUGACUUACCUAGGAAAACAUUCUUUUAUAAGACAAAGAAAAAUAAAGCAUUUGCAACCAGGUUUGGAUAAGUGUUCCAGAGGAGAGAACCCAAAUGGUUCAUUGAGACCAUUAUUUCCCUUGCCUUCUCAGCCUCCCUUGAAUCUCAGUUUCUAUAGGAAGGGUUUUAAAAGGGAGUCCAUGCUGGGCCAGGUACGAUAAGACUGGAGUAUUAGAUUUGACUCCCAGAGAUUAAAAACAUGGCCCAGGGUGCUUGUAACUUGUAUUGCUUCUUCCUUCCUGUUUCCCCAAGGAUUUCUUCUUUAUUUAGGUUAGAUCCCUGUGGUCUAGGGAGAAGUGAUGUGCUUAGUGACUCAAUAAGGUCUUUCCCAGAGUUUGGAUGAAGUAAAAAAAAUCCCCAUUUUCCCCCCUGUAUGUUGAACAGAAAAAGAUUUAAAAAAAAAAACUUCAAGUCCCCUGCUCAAGGUCCAACCAUCACCUCUUUAGUGGCAGGUGGGGUUUAAGAAAAUAGCUAUCCUUAUCAAAUAUCUUGUCCUUCAGAAGAACCCUACAAAGGGUCUCUCAGUUCCAGAGGGGCAGGAGAAUUGGGGAGCCAUUCUUCAGAGGUGUCAUAUAGGGAUGGAGAAAGAGAUUUGUUAACUUUCAAAGCAUCUAUUUGGAGACCUUUUUGAAAGAUCCAGAUUCCAAAAGGAAAUACAAAAUUUUAUAUCAUUAAGUCCUGCUUUCCACAUUUCUGACUUUGGUUUCAUUAUCCAUGGUCACUAAAAGGAUCUGCUAAGCCCAAACUGCCUUUUUGGAAAAAAAAAAUGGGACACUUGACAAAAGGAAUUAUUUCCUAGCUAGGUGGGUGUAGCUCACCUGUAGAAGGAGAGCUGGGUUAAUAACUUUUUCUUUCUUUCCUAUUUAAAUGUCAGCAUUGCAACCCACAAGAGAUUGAAUUUUGUAUUUGAUUUCAAUUAGCAAAGCAUAAAUUAUGUUUAAUUUUCUACAAGCUGUGUGGAUGAUUCACUGUUCUGGAAAGGCUGCUGCUGGGUGGUUCAGGGCUGGGAAAUGGAGAAUUUAGCCUUCCAAAAUAUGUUUGCUGCUGACAGUUCUGCCUAACAGGCCUCUUUCUUUUUGUAUUGUUCUGUACUGGAAGGAGAUGACCAUCUCAAACUUUAAAAUUGAACCAGCCAGCUCUAACUAAUAAAACAUUGUGGCAGCCACAUCUCUCGGCUCCAUUGAUCAUUAGCCUCUACACAUGAACCAUGCCUGAAAUACAAGCA